CAUUGCAACACCUUUUUCACAAGUGUGUAGGAAAGCUCUCAGCACAGCCAGACUCGCACACAUUUAACACGAACAGGAAGUCCUCUUCAACAACAGAUCCUUCCACAUCCUCCGCCUCAAUCUCCAUCCAGGUAUUCCAGCCGGUCCUGUUGAGAGGAGCACCCCCAUCAUGCCACAUGGGAGCCUGGCCUGGAGUCUCUCUGCUCUACUGGGGCUUCUCCUGACACCUUCACUAGGGUUGGAACCUCCACGGAUCUCCUUCCCCCUCGAAAGCCCAGAGAGACCUCUUCCCUUAUUCAGCCAACCAGACAUUAAAAACACCACCACACUGUUGCUAAGUGACGACGGCUCCACUCUGUUUGUAGGGGCACAAGAUGCUGUGCUCUCAUUGGAUGUCAGCCAGCCCGAUGUCAUAACCAUGAAGACUAUGAUGGAAUGGAAGCCCCCUCCAGAUGUUCUACACGAGUGUACCACUAAGGGCAAGAAAGAAACGACGGACUGUCCCAACUUUGUGCGAGUGCUGCAACCCAUCAAUGCCACCCACUUGUAUGCCUGUGGAACAUUUGCGUACAACCCUCAUGAUACCUAUAUGGACACAGACACUCUCACCAUGGCCAAAAUCCCCAGGAAGUACAAUAAUGGAAAAGGUUGCUGCCCGUUCAACCCAUAUCAAAGAAACACAGCCAUCUCUGUUGAUGGUGAGCUUUUCACAGCCACGACAAAUGACUUCCGGGGUAAGACACCAAUGGUCUCCCGCCAUCUCAGUAAGGAUGGUCGCCCAGAUGUUAGCCAGGAUACCUCAGUGACCUUGAAUGAGCCCACUUUCGUCAGUUCCGCAUCUGACACCAGCGAGGGGAAGGUGUACUUCUUCUUCAGUGAAGUUGGAAAUGAGUACAGCUUCCUGGAUGAGUUCAAAGUAGCGCGGGUAGCCCAGGUCUGCAAGGAUGACAUUGGGGGAGAGCGCGUCCUGCAGAAACGCUGGACUUCCUUUGCUAAAGCCGAACUUCUCUGUCGGCCUCCCAAAGAGCUGCCUUUCAAUAUCAUCCAGGAUGUGUUCACCCUCGCUCCAUCAGAGGGCUACUCCACACAAGAUAUUAUUUUCUAUGGUGUCUUCACAUCCCAAUGGUCAGUGGCUUCAGGGCAGUCUGCUGUGUGUGCCUUUCGGCUUGGGGACAUCAAAGAUGUGUUUGCUGGGAAUUACAAGAUAUUCCAAAACCACCAAUGGAGUCCUCGCAUGGACAUGAGUAGCAACAUGGGCAAGUGUGGGUUGGCCAAUGCCUCAGACACCACUCUAAUGGCAGUCAAGGAAAGUUUCCUAGCCAGUGGAAGUGUGCGUCCGAUAGGCAGUGCACCAGUUCUCAACUCCCCUGACCAGCGCUACAGUCGGAUUGCUGUACUACGGACAAAAGCGGCCAAUGGACAGGACUACACCAUACUCUUCCUGCUUAGUGAGUCUGGGUUUCUCCACAAAGCUGUGCUGUUGAACAAGGAUACCCACAUCAUAGAGGAGAUCCAAGUGUUCAGACAACCACAGCUGGUGAAAAACAUACUUCUCUCCACCUCCAAGGGUGUGCUUUAUGUGGGGACCUCUGAAGGGGUGACCCAGGUGCCUGUAUCCCAGUGCUCAUCCUAUAAGAGCUGUGCCCAGUGUGUUUUGGCACGAGACCCCCUCUGUGGCUGGGACCCUGCUAGUGGACACUGUGCCAGUGUGUCUGCCAUUCCAGCCAAUGCACGGCAGGAUGUGGAGCAUGGCAACGUGAUGAAGGAGUGUCAAGGUUCCCUCACAGCUAAACCUCUGCUAGUGGAGGUGUACGCACAGCUCAAUGAAGUAGUGAGGUUGAAAUGUUCCAGAUCCUCCAAUCUGGCAACCCUGAGUUGGAAGUCCGCCAAAGCUAGCGCUCUGCCCCACCACCUCUUCUUUUACUCUGGAGAUGAGAAUCUGGUCUUCAUGGCCACACCUGACACCUUCGGAAUCUACCACUGCAUCUCUGUUGAGAGGGGUUAUGAGGAGACAGCGGCUAUCUACACUGUGAGACAGAGUGUCUCUCCUCGGGCCAUUGAUACUCCAGCCGUUCAAAUUCGGAUCACCACCACAGAGACGAAAGACCAGAUGACCACUAAUAUGGAGAUUCCAAGCGACACUGACAAGCUAGACUUCAUUAACUUUGGGGAGGAUCCAGUCAUCACCGCAGACGUAACCACAACCAACAAGACUCCAGACACACAGUCCACGACUGAGAAUCUAGAGGACAAGACUCCAGACACCAAUUCCAGUACUGAGAAGCCAGAGGAUAUGACCCCAGACCCCCAGUCCAGCAGUGAGAAACCAGAAGACAUUGUCAACCACAAUGAACCCUUAACAGCCAAGAAUUACCAUAGUGAAUUGGUGGCAGUAUCAUUUCUCCUGGCUGUGUGUGUUUGUGUGCUAGUGCUAGGAGGGCUCUAUGGGUGGCACCUGCAGGGCAGAUAUAAAUUGGGCCCCUCGGACACUGCAGAGGGGGGAUACAAGGAAGAGAAUGACCCCCUGGAAGUCUCACCUCCCUCUAUAAAGAAGGCAGAAUGAAUGGACUCAGAAGAUAUCUAUCUUCAUCGAGUCAAUUUUUUUCAACAGGCAUUUGAUGACAUAACAUCAGGUGGAUUCGAGCUUGUUGAAGAUUUAUAAAUAAGUAAAUUAAAAGGUGUGUUUGGGAGGGGGGGUGAAGGGUAGGUUUAUUUACACGUGGAGCCUAUUUGUCUUCAACUUAAACAGACAGAUAAUGCACAUUUCUAUUAAUUUCAAAUGAAUACAAUUUUUGUAAUCCUACAUUUCCUCAGCUGACAUCUUUUUCUAUAGGCUACAAAACAAGUGUCUUUAUUUCUGUAGGAAUGUUCAUUCUCUUUUACUAAGCCUACUAUAAUAAAAAGGAGAAAUUACA